GCGGGUGUGCGGGCGGCGCGCGGCUGCGGCUGCCGGCGGGGGAUGGAGCAGUGACGGCAUCUUGCCUCUAUCUUCAGAAGCAGAAAGCGUCAAGAUAAAGACACCAAAAUGACCGAGUUUUGGCUGAUCUCUGCUCCUGGGGAAAAAACCUGUCAACAGACAUGGGAGAAACUACAUGCAGCAACUACAAAAAAUAACAAUCUUUCUACUAAUUCAAAGUUCAAUAUUCCGGACUUGAAGGUUGGCACACUGGAUAUUUUGGUUGGUUUGUCAGAUGAGCUGGCUAAACUGGAUGCGUUUGUGGAGGGUGUUGUAAAGAAAGUGGCCCAGUAUAUGGCUGAUGUUCUAGAAGACAGUAAAGAUAUUCAGGAGAAUCUUCUGGCUAAUGGAGUUGACUUGGUCACCUAUAUAACAAGGUUCCAGUGGGAUAUGGCCAAAUAUCCAAUCAAGCAAUCGUUGAAGAAUAUUUCAGAAAUUAUUGCAAAGGGAGUAAACCAGAUUGACAAUGAUCUGAAAGCAAGAGCCUCAGCAUACAAUAAUCUGAAAGGGAACCUUCAGAAUUUGGAAAGAAAGAAUGCGGGAAGCUUGCUAACCAGAAGUCUCGCUGAUAUUGUAAAGAAAGAGGACUUUGUACUCGAUUCAGAAUAUUUGGUCACGUUAUUAGUGAUUGUACCAAAGUUAAAUUAUAAUGACUGGGUUAAGCAGUAUGAAACACUAGCAGAGAUGGUUGUACCACGUUCCAGCAAUGUACUCUUUGAGGAUCAAGAUAGUUACCUUUGUAACGUCACCUUGUUCAGGAAGGCAGUGGAUGACUUCAAGCAUAAAGCCAGAGAAUAUAAAUUUAUGGUCCGUGACUUCCAGUAUAAUGAAGAAGAGAUGAAAGCGGAUAAAGAAGAAAUGAAUAGACUGUCAACUGACAAGAAGAAACAGUUUGGUCCUCUGGUUCGGUGGCUGAAAGUUAAUUUCAGUGAAGCUUUCAUUGCAUGGAUUCAUGUGAAAGCACUACGAGUUUUUGUUGAAUCUGUUUUAAGGUAUGGUUUGCCAGUUAACUUCCAGGCAAUGCUGCUUCAGCCUAAUAAGAAAACAAUGAAGAAACUGAGGGAGGUUUUGUAUGACUUAUACAAACACCUUGACAGCAGUGCGGCAGCUAUCAUUGACGCAACUAUGGAUAUUCCAGGCUUAAACCUCAGCCAGCAGGAGUACUACCCAUACGUGUACUACAAGAUCGAUUGUAAUUUGCUGGAAUUCAAGUAAAAGUUCCCUAACAUGACAAUCUUCUCAGUGUUGGUGUAAACAAACAGAAGUGAGGUUGAAGUACAGUAAUACUUUUACCACUCUACUAAUCAUAUGCUUGCUUCUUAUGUUAGGUGAAUUUAACACACAGUGGUCCAUCUCUAGACAUUUGCUUUUUAAAGAACAGUGUAGGUAACCUGCUUUUAAUCAAUUAUGUCUGUAAAUGUAUAUUGAGAGAAUUGAAGUAUUUAUAAACAGAGUGAUUUAUUUAAGGAAAAGCUCAUUCCUCUUUCAUAUGGUGGUCUGUGUUAAUUCCAUUUACCAUUGUUUAUAAAAAAAAAAAAAACUUGUUUACAGAAGAAUAGUGUAAAUGUUCAUGGCCAUUUUGUUCAUUUGAUUUAGUAGAUACAAUUGUGUUAAUGUUAUUGAACUGUGAUGUAAAGUAUGUAAAAUUGGUAUGAAAUUGUGCUUUCUGAAUGGUUUAAAAUUACAAUCGAAGCACUGUAAACACAGGAAAAAAUAAAUGUACCUGUGCAAAUGUGUCACUUCCUGGUACCACAUAUAACUGUAGAUACCUGUGUCUAAACUGAAGCAAUGUAUUAAGUCUUAAA